CCCUGGGAAGGGAGGGAGGAGAUGUACUGGUUGGCAUAGCGCACGGUGGUUUCUAGCUUAGAAUCGUCUGUUGUGUAGGUGAGGGCUGAGCAAGCCCGCGCAGGAGCCUGCGAGCGAAAAAGAGAGAGCUAGCACGCGCUUGCAGCAGAGGGUAGAAUCAAUUAUCUCUGCGUCGUCAUUAGGGUUAUUGGGUUUUUGAGAUGGAGCUCUCGUUGUCUGUUACAAUAUGAGUAUGAGCACUUUUUCCGUUGGAAAUCCGUAGAGAGGUAGGGAGCUGGUCUUGUUUGUUAUGGUUGCGGGCAGUGCGUUUGGAAGAGAAGAAAGCGGUGCUGUCGUCUUCGUCGUCGUCGUCGUCGUCAUGGCGUUCGAGGGCAAUGUGUUAGAAGAGGAUCUUGAUUACGAAAAUGAUGGAAACGGCAGUCGCCUCAACGAGGUGGAGCUGCUCGACGAGGAGGAUGACUUCGAAGAGGAUCUUUAUGGCGACGUGAAUGUUGGUGUUUAUGGGGCGCAGGCAUCCGGACGAAUCGCGCCUCAGAAUGGGUAUGGGGAGAUGGAUUCUGGGAACGAGGACGAGGACUUAUUGGGAGAAUCGAAGGGAGCAUUAGGGGUUGAAGCUCGGGAUGCACGGUUGAUGUCCGUGCGGCAUGCCAUGGCCGCAUCUGCAAGCCCGCCCCAGGAGAGUGUGGGUUACCAGAAUGAUUACAUUGCGCAGGUAAAGGAAGAGAAUUCGCAUGAAGAUACUGAAGCAGACCCGUUGCUGUCGAAACCCAAGGAUGAGUUUGAGCAGGGGAUCCAGUUGCCAGGACGGCCAGCGUCCGUGCCCAAGGGUGGGAAGAACACGGAGAUACUCAAUGGUAGCGGUGGUGCUGAAGGAGGUGCUGGUCGGGGUCCCAGGUCGGAAGGUUUCCAUCCGGGUAGUUGGCCAGCGGGCAGCGGUCCUGCAGGUGCACAAGCUGGAAAUUCUCUCGCAGUUGCAAAUAACGUCGGUAAUGAUUUUCCAGCUAAGCAUGCUGGGCAAGGUUCCGAGAGUGGUGGGUUGAUGUUAUUCGUUGGAGAAUUGCAAUGGUGGACUACCGAUGCCGAGCUUGAAGCAGCUCUUUCAGAAUAUGGUCGGAUCAAAAAUCUCAAAUUUUUUGAAGAAAAAGCCAGUGGCAAAUCCAAAGGCUACUGUCAGGUGGAAUUUUUUGACUCACAAGCCGCUCGAGUGUGUAAAGAGAAGAUGGACGGGCGAGUAUUCAAUGGACGAGCAUGUGUUGUGGCGUUUGCCUCGCCACAGACAAUCAAGCAGAUGGGAGCUGCUCAAGUUGGGAAAAAUCAAGCAAAUCCACAGAAUCAAUCUCAGGGUGGACAGGGGAAAAAAGCAGCGGAGGGGCGCAAUGCCGGAGCUGCUGGACGAGGAGGUGAAGGACGAGGAGGAAGGGGUCAACCAAGUAUGGAACGAGGAAGAGGAAAUCAGGCGCCUGGACGAGGGCGUGGAAGGGGAAUGGUCCCGUUCGGGCCACAAGGCCCUGGCAUGGGAAUUCCUCCUGGUGGUAUGAUGGCCCCCCGAGGAAUGAUGGGUCAGGGUUUCGAACCAGGUUUUGGGCCACCUGGAGGUGGCUUUGGCAUGGGACCUGGAGGAGCCGGAUUUGGACCACGAGGGCCAAUGUUUGGACCUCCAUUCCCUCCUAUGGGUCCAGGUUUACCUGGUGUUCCAGCACACGUGAAUCCAGCCUUCUUUGGAAGGGGCAAUGGAAAUGGUCCUGGUAUUGGGCCAGGUAUUGAAGGGCCUCCCGGAGGUUGGGGAGAAGUCGGCAUGCCAGGUUGGGAAGAGCAUCAAAGACACAUGCGCGAAGGUGGUUAUGCAGGAGAGGAUAUGGGUGGUGCUGAGUUCGGCUACGGGAGUGAAAUGGGGAGGGUUGGCCCAGCAAGGGAAAGAGAGAGGGGCGCUGGUGAAGGAGAGUGGGGACCUGAAAGGAGGCGGAGGGAUGAGAGAAGUGGUGACAGAGGGGAGGACUGGGAGAGGGGUGAAAGGCAUCGGACCGGUGAGAGGGAUGGGUAUCGCGAGCAGCGUGGAGAGAGAGGCGACCGAGAGAAGGACAAGGAAUGGGACAGGGCAGAGAGACCAGCUUCUCGAGCCCCCCGAGACAAAGAGGAGGAUCGGACUCGUUCCCGAGAAGAAGAUCAUGGGAAGCGCCGGCGCAUGACCUCUGAUCGGGACAGGAAAACUGAGAGAUAGUGUUUUGCAGUCAGUCUACAAAGUCGAGUGUAAUGGGAGGUUGAUAAAUGGAAGUUGUACCCACCACUAGUACUGUUGCUCGAGUGGAAAGCUGCAGAAUGUCAGUGCUUUGAGUUGUCACUCUCGCCAAGCCCCUAUGCCAUCUCUACAGAACAUGCUGUAGCAUGUAAUGUUUUCUGUCAGAGCAUCUAAAUUAACGAUUGUUAGAGUUACUGCACCUUUUUUUAGUUCGUUGAGAUGCAUUUCAAGUGACAGUACAGUAACUCUUCGUCUGUCUCGCCCCUGAUUCCUCUUUUUUGUUUCUAACUGGAACUUCUAGAGGAUUGUUUGAGUCCUUUGUCGCUGCCCCUUCCGGUAGAUUGUUCAUUUUGUAUAUUCUUGUUUUUCUUUUCUUUUUUUCUUUUGAUAGUUAUUUUUCAAAUAUAAAAUAAAACCUUCAGAGUUAUUGCAA